AUGCUGGGCUUCUUUCUCGGUCACUACCCUGAAAACUUUGCUUUGAGCGACAGUCAAAGGACGCUUAUUUUACAGACCAUGGCUUUCUUUAUUUGGCUAGGCGGUGGCGCCGCUGUCUUUGCGAAACUCGAGCAAGAUGCUGGAGAAGACAGUUGGAGGUUUGCCGAUGCCUUGUACUUCUGCGAUGUAACUAUCCUGACCGUUGGUUUUGGCGAUCUAGUACCCACAACCGAUGUCACUAGGGGUAUUGUCUUUCCAUACUCUGUAGGCGGAACGAUUACGCUAGCCCUCAUCGUCUCGUCGCUUUACACAGCAGUCCGCGAGCUCGGCGACGAGAAAAUUGUUCAGAAGCAUGUCGAUCGCAUGCGAGAACGAGUCGUAGAGCGUACAGUUACCAAUUCGUUUGAUCUCCGCCAUCGCGAACGAGAAGCCCACCAUCUUGUUCGGAGACGCAAACUUGGCAUUCCAAAGAUAUCAGCACCUAGUCAACCACGGCCCUUCAGAACGCCCAUGGGCGAGUCGGUUCAGCAUACAUCGACUAUGCAGGGCUUCGCUGAUGCUCUGCGUAUCGGUUCAUCCAAGCCCAAGAUCAUGUUAUUGAAAGAAGAAAAAGAUCGCUUCGAAGCUAUGCGCAAGAUCCAAGCCGACUCGAAGAAGUUUAAGCAGUGGAUGGCGCUUUUCUGGUCCAUCACGACAUUCUCGAUCCUUUGGUGUGUAGGCGCAGUGGUCUUCUGGAUCACCGAACAAGAAACCCAACACUUGACGUACUUCCAAUCGCUUUACUUCUGUUAUGUCAGUCUACUAACAAUCGGCUACGGUGACCUGGCACCAAGAUCUAAUUCCGGGCGCUGUUUCUUCGUCAUCUGGAGCUUGAUUGCCGUUCCGACCAUGACUAUCCUGGUCUCAGAUCUAGGCGACACUGUCGUCGCCAACUUCAAGAAAUGGAGUGAUGAGCUUGCAGAUUUUACAGUACUGCCGAAGGCAGGUAUCUGGCGUUCGUUUCUCAACAAGCACCCUUGGCUGCUGCGAUGGCUACAACGGUGGACAGACAAACGAGCGAGAAAGAGCCGAUUGAAGAGGGGUUUCGACGUGUCGGAUCCACGAUCUGACGACGGCAUCGUAGAUUCCUCCGAACCUCAAGACAGGGAAAGCACUUCAAACGAUCCUGAAGAGCGUGAAGCAGCAACCGACAUAGAACUUACUCUCCAUCCCACGGUUCCAGCCCUCGCCACCGAAGCCGAAGCCGAUGUCACAAACCCUCCCUCCCAUGCUUCGCUGACCCGCCGCCUCGCCCUGUCCAUCCAAAAAGUUUCGCACGACCUCAAGACCGACGACAAGCGCUACACGUACGAAGAAUGGGUCGAGUUCACACGACUCAUCCGCCUGACCAGUCCAGAGCGUCUAGACCGGGACAUAGGUAACGAUAAUACGACUUCGGAAGACGAGAACGAAGAGGGAUUGGUGAAUUGGGAUUGGAUCGGAGAUGAUAGUCCCAUGGUGUCUGGUAUCAGUGAGAGCGAGUGGCUUAUGAAGCGGCUGAUUGAAAGUCUUGUGAGAUUAGAGAAGCGGAAGGAGGGUGCAAGGCGGAGGUCUGAUGUUGAGGCUUUGAGGGAGAUGGAGUGUGGGAGAAGUGUGGGGAGUCAACGACAUAGCAUUGGGAGUCAGUAG